CUCUCCAUUCUGCUUCAGGGGAGCAGGAUUCAGCUUCCUGUACUCCUGGCUCUUCAUGCUGCUGGUGCUGCUGCUCUUCCUGCUGGGAGGAAACCUCUACACGCUGGUCUGUAAGCCCUGGCACAACGGGGAGCUCCUGCAGUUCAUCGAUGCAUCCGGCCUGGUCCCCUCGCUGCCCAACAACGUCACAUUCGGUGGAAUCUACAGUGAUUGUACGAAGAACAUGCCUAUAUGGUCCACCCUCAGCCUGUCCCAGAACAUAAACCUCGAGGCGGAGCUCAACAUGUCUAAAUAUACAGCGGAAAUCGUGGAGCAGUUUGAGAAUUCCCAAAUCACCCUAUCCAGCGUCACCCUUCUGAGCCCAGAGGUCCGCAAGCAGCUCGGGGACUUCCCGGACAAACUCAAACAGAUCGACUUCGACUCAACCAGAGAGAAGCUAACCAACAUCACCGAAUUGAAUCUCACCACGUCUGCGGACAACAUCGAUCUCUUUGAAAGAACUCAACCAAUCCCGAAGAUUAAAGCUGAGCUGAACGAGGCCGCCACAGAUCUGAGAGCCAUACAGAGGGACAUGGAAACAGUCGUCUUCCCACAAAUUGAAAACCUCAAGUUGCUCAUAAAUGAACUUGAAGUCCAAGCUGUGAAAACGAACGGAUCGGUGGCGACGGUUUCCAGGGAAGUUGGAAAAGCACAAGACUUCCUGAACACAAACACAACGUCGAUUGUCAAGGCAGAGAGCCGAGCCUAUCUAAAAUGCCAGAUGCAGUUAUUUGAUGCCUAUGCAGCCUGGGCCAUCUUGACCAUCACAGAGCAGGUGGGCCGGUGCCGCCCGGUGUCCGGGGCCGUGGACGUGGCGGUGGUCAUCGUCUGCUCCAACGUGGUCGAGUCUCUGAAUGCAUUCUGGUUCAGCCUGGGCUGGUGCAUGAUCUUCUUCAUCCCCAGCAUCAUCCUGUCAAUCAAACUGUCCAAGUACUACCGGAAGAUGAAGCGAGCGGAUGAAUUUAACAAACACAUUGCGAUGAACCAGAUCCCCAGAGCUACCAUGCUGCAGUACUGAGGCCAGGAGGACCACGGCCACAAAGGAACCCAACACAUUUAGCGGUACAGCGGAAUUAGCUUUCAAACUGAAGCUGGGGACCUUCGCAAACGGUGUUUGCUGCUGUCUGAGGUAUCUCUUUGUGUGUGCAGUAGGACACACAAAGAGAUAGUUAUGACCUUGAACUAGCUGUGAUGAGACGCAUAUUCUGUGUGUGUGCGUAUGUGUGUGUUUUUGUGUGUUUGUGUGUGUGUGCUUCGAGCCUAAAACAAGACUUUUGGUCUGCAAUCUGUAUCGUCAAGGUACAAUAACUGAACGGGUGGCAGACAUCUCUGGGUCUGCAUGAACCAUAUUAUUUAGUACUUGUUACUUCAAAUAGUUUUUUUUAAAUCAGGUCUGUUUUACUUUAUAUCGCAUUUGCUAUGGCUUUUAUAUUAUAUGUGUAUUCUAUCACAUAUAUUUUCUAUUUUUAUAUUGUGGAUAAUAAGUCCCUACACAUUUGUAUUAACCUUUCAAAAAAAACUAUAAUGAUAUGGUUUUACUUCUCAAGGGAAUUCUCUUUAAUUUAUUAGUUGCUCUCUUAUUAUUUUUACAUGCACAUAAUAUACUUAAUUUGGCUGAAAAGUAUGAUUAUUUUGCAAAGCCAUGACAAGACGCUGGAAAAUAGGAUUGAGGGUUUGACCAACACCAACUUCCUAUAAUUGUGCCAACCUGCAUUUGCAGCUUUAUUUUUGUCCUGGCCAUGCCAAUGAAAGAAGAACAAAACUAAUUGACUACAUCGAUGGCAAUUGAACAGAACCUGUUACUAUAUGAAUAAAUUUAAAAUAACUGAUUAAAUAUAUCUAGACAAUCACGGGUUGGUUUAUGCUUUAGAUGUCUUGAAACUGUAAGUUGUAUGACAUGGCUGAUGGCAACAUUAGACUUCAGUUUGUAGUGAUCGAUCUGAUUUGGGGAUGACGAUUUUGUAAUAAUUUUUAUUAGAUUCAUCUUCUCCUAUUGUAAUGAAAGCACUUUAUAUUGUAUUUGUAUCUGAUUUGAUUGAAUUUGAAAAAAUCAGAAUAUGUGAAAGCUGAUUAAAAUAUGCUACUGAUUCA